CCCCUUAGCCGUUCUUCGCUAGUGAGUCCUUCUCCCGCCAGAAUCUCGCGAGAUUUGUAACCGAAAAAGCGAACCCUUCGAGGACAUCUGCAAUUUGAAGGCAACGGCGGGAAGAGGAAGGCGCGGAGUGCAGCGCUGUGGUUUCCGCGUAAAACGGGCGCGUUUGGCUUCUUGUGACUUUCUAGCAUUCAGCUAUGAAAGGGGUAAAGAUGCUCCAUAUUAAAGAGGCUUUUGAACAAGCUCAAAAACCUCAUCAGAAUCAGGCAAAGCUAGUGACAGCAUUGAAGCACACAUACAAUGAGUUGCAGGACAAAAUCUGUUUUCACGAGGAAUUUGUUCGUUACCUUAAGUAUGCCAUGAUAAUCUACAAAAGAGAACCCUCAGUAGAACAAGUGAUAAAUUUUGUGGCCAAGUUUGUUGGUUCUUUUUAUGAGCUAGAAAAAGAUGAUACUGAAGAAGAGGAGGAAGUGGAGAAUUCUCUUCUGAAUUACUUGUUCAACUUUCUGCUUGAGUCGCAUAAUGCUAACAACAAUGCAGUUAGAUUUCGAGUAUGCCAACUUAUUAAUAAACUUUUGGGGAGUCUACCAGAGAAUGCUCAGAUUGAAGAUGAGCUAUAUGAUCAGAUUAACAAUGCCAUGUUGCUUAGAGUGAAAGAUAAAGUUCCAAAUGUGAGAAUUCAAGCUGUGCUGGCAUUGUCUAGACUUCAGGAUCCAAAGGAUAAUGAUUGCCCUGUGGUAAAUGUUUACAACAAUUUAAUUGAGAAUGACUCCAAUCCAGAAGUCAGGCGUGCUGUAUUGUCAUGUAUUAGUCCAUCAGCUAAAACUCUGUCAAAAAUUAUAGGUCGUACGAUGGAUGUAAAAGAGACAGUCAGGAAAUUGGCAUACCAGGUUCUGGCAGAAAAAAUUCAUAUGAAGGCUUUGACAAUAGCCCAGAGAAUAAAGCUAUUACAGCAAGGGCUUAAUGAUAGAUCAGACUCUGUGAAAGAAGUGGUGCAGAAGAAACUUCUUCAGGCCUGGCUUCGUCUGGCUGAGGGGAAUGUGUUAGAAUUGCUUCAUCGGCUAGAUGUGGAAAGUUGCCCUGAAGUGUGUAUUCCAGCGCUUAAUAUCAUGUUUUCGCUUUCUCCAGUCAAUGACUUAAUUAAAAACGUUUCAGACCUUGAUGACAGGAAGGUAAUUCCAAUAGAAAAACUAACUGCUGAGAGUGCUUUAUUCUGGAAGGCCCUUUGUGAGUACUUGAAAUCUGAAGGGGAAGAAUUUUUAGAACACAUUCUACCAGAACCUGCCGUAUAUGCAGAUUAUUUGUUAAGUUACCUUCAGAAUAUGCCAGUUCUCAGUCAAGAAGAGAAGGAAGAUAUGGCUUGUAUUGAACAAUUGAUGACCAAAGAAUUUAUAGGUCAGCAGCUGAUUCUUAUGAUAGGCUAUAUGGAUACAACUGAAGAAGGUGGAAGGAAGAGAUUAGUAACUGUCUUACGAGAAAUCCUUAUGAUUCCUACCACUUCAACUUCCUUUGUACCACCACUUAUGGAGAAACUGCUCCGCAUUCUCAAAGAUGAUGACAGAAGAAUCCAGAUGGUUGCUGAAAUCAUUUCAGAGGUUCGUGAAACAAUUAUUACAGUAGACAAGGCCCCAGAUGCAACUGAAAUAAGGAAACAGCAGCUUAAACUGGCUGAAAUAAAAGUGAAACUUAUGGAAGCAAAAGAUGCACUGGAGAAAUGUGUAGCUCUGCAGGACUUCAGUCAUGCAUCAUUGUUGAAAGAGAAAAUAAUGGAACUGGAAAGCAUUAAAAGUGACUUGUUAAAAGAGGCAGAGGAGCCUCCAACCAAAGAAAUAUGCAUGGAAAAGAGUGAUCCUGAAACACUGCUGAAAUGUCUGAUGAUGUGCAAUGAACUUCUAAAGCAGCUCUCCCUUUCCAAAGGAUUAGGCCCAACAAUGGAUGCAAUAAUUGAAUCCUUGAUCAUUCCAGGAGUUACUAAUAUCCAUCCAGCUGUAAGAAAUUUGGCAGUUUUGUGUUUGGGUGGCUGUGGUUUGCAGAGCAAAGAUUUUGCCAGCCAGCAUCUUGCAUUGCUGUUGCAGGUCUUGCAAAUAGAUGAAAUAAAAGUAAAAACAAGUGCUUUAAAGGCAGUCUUUGACCAAGUGAUGAUGUUUGGAAUAGAACCAUUCAAAGCAAAAAAAGAAAAAUAUUCUGAAAGUGAAAAUGAAGAGAAUGAAAAUGAGGUGACUAAUGAAACUGAAGAAGAAGCUACAACUGCCCACAAUCUCCUUCAGCUUCUUUCUGGAUUCUUAGAAAGUGAGUUUUCAGAACUCAGGACCAUAUCUGCUGAGGGCCUGGCCAAGCUGAUAUUCUCUGGGCGAUUGAUCAGCGCUAAGCUUCUUUCUCGACUUGUGUUACUGUGGUACAAUCCAGUAACUGAAGAAGAUACUUGUCUCCGACAUUGCUUGGGAGUUUUCUUCCCUUUAUUUGCUUACUCAAAAAGGACAAAUCAGGAAUGCUUUGAAGAAGCUUUUUUUCCAACUUUGCAAAUACUGUUGAAUGCUCCUGCAUCUUCACCUUUGUCUGAAGUUGAUGUAGCUAAUGUUUGUGAGCUGUUUGUGGACCUGACAAGACCAAGUGGGCUUAAUCAAAGCACUAAGAAUUCUCAGAACUACCAGGGUGUGACGGUUCAUGAUAGUUUAGCAAUGAAAAUAUGCAAUGAAAUCUUGAUGGAUCCAAGUUCACCGGAUGUCCGUAUUUAUGCAAAAGCUUUGAGUUCCUUAGAACUCAAUGAAGACUUCACAAAAGACCUCCUGGUUCUAUUAGAUGACAUCCUUGGGAAAGUGACCGAUAAACUGUGUUUAAGAAUGAUAGAAAAAGUGAAGAGCAACAUAAAGAGGGGAAACACUGUCAGGGGAGAUCUCCCUGAAGUGGCACAAGAAAUUGACCUUUCUCAAGUAACUCUGGAUACGCCCCAUAAGAGUGACAGAACAUCUAACUCCACUGACCAGAAGAAGGAAGAAAAUAAAGAAACCAGUCAGACUACUAAAGAGACAGAGAACACAACUGCAAAGUUGAGAUCUACCAAAAGCAAAACUACAAAAGGUCUGGGGAAAAUGGAAGAAAAGUUCGUGCCGAGAAGAGGAAAUUGCAGAAUUGUAGAGACUGAAAGUGAAAGCGAAGAAGUUCAACAAUCUGUUUCACUGGCAAGUUCAAGACCAUCACGCCGAGCAAAAACAGCAGCUCUUGAAAAAACCAGAAUGAAUCUCUCAAAGUUUCUAGACAAAUAAUUGGUUAACUGAUUGAAAAGUAGACCAAUAAAGCUUGAUGUAAACCUACUUCUACUUCAAUAACUCAUUUUCUGGUGCAUCCUUUUUCGUUUUGCAUAAUGGUACGAAAAGACUGAUAUGUUUCAAAGCAGGAAGACUUGCUUCUUGAAUUUUGAAAGUGUUUUUUCUGACUUGUAUUAUCUUUUAAAAAUUCAACUGUAGUGCCCAGUGUGGAUGAUCUGAGAAUAGCAUCAAUUAAUGCAGCUUUACUGCUUGUCUCACUAAAUGCCAAGCUGCAUCCUAGUUCAUGCAGAUGGUGCAAGAAGAAACCUACUUGUGGAUUGUAGCCAGUUUUUUCCAUUGGGAAAUGUACAAACAUGCUGUUGAAAUCAGUAUUUUAUAAAAUAGAAUAAUGAA